AUGAAGGAUCUCCUGGAAAGCAGGGCCUCAAGGGCGAUACAGGUCCCGCGGGACCAGCGGGUCCAGCGGGGAGCAAAGGUCAACCAGGGGUUCGCGGACUCUAGGGUCCUCCAGGUCCCCAGGGAGCUCCAGGAUCAUUGGGACGGAACUGGAAGCAAGAGGGUAGACGACGACAAGGACUCUGGAUUGAUUAAGGUAAACACUUAACUCCUUCUUUUACUUAAAAAGAAGUCCCAGUCAUUUAGUUAUGGAUAAUUUUAACAUUUGUUUUCAUGAAUGAAUCAGGCUAAAAUUUCCAAACAUCUUGAGAGAACAAGAAAACAUCUAAAGCAGACACUGCAGCUGCCGCAGGCUAGUUACUACCGGGAAUGGCUAAAACACCGCAGCUUUCAUUGUUUACAAAUAAAACACUCCUACUGUCAACAUCAGUUUCUCCGCUAUUUAAGUAUAAAAAGGUACACAUAUGACAUUCAAACAGACAGAAAAUGAAAAAGUGAAAAACUAAUUUCAACCAAUCAGUUUCAACCUCUGUCUGUUUGCCUCACUGCUAUUUCUAUUCGUUUUAAAAGGAAUGCAUUUUCAAGAAAACAUUCGACAAUACCGCACUGCGGGUCUUCUGGAAUGGAGAUUUCCGCGUCAGUAACUGCGAUGAUUGCUGCAACAGGUGGUAUUUUACAUUCAAUGGAGCGGAAUGUGCUAUUCCGGGAGCCAUUGAUGGUAUUGUGUACGUGUCGUUGGGUACUAACUGGAGAAAGAACCCACACCGCCCACUCCACGUUGAAGGAAUCUGCGAGAAGCUCCACAAGGGGACAGUACGCGUGGGAUUCUGGGUGGGUAAAUGUGCUUCACGAAAACCUGGUGACGCGUACACGGGUUGGAACUCAGUGUCCCGGAUCUACGUGGAAGAAGUAUCUCCUCCGCAGGCCUAA